AUGAAUGAUAUUUCUUCGCUAAAAGCGAAGAAGAUUGUCAACUAUUCUGAUGAAGAUGAUUUCUUCAAUGUGUCUGAAGCUGGAGAUUUUGUUACAUUGAGUCACUUGAAUAACAAAAGUUCCGCACUAUGUCCAGAAACGCAAAACAUUACAAGCCAAUAUUUGAUUCUGCAGCAGCUUAAUGCCCAUCAACGCAUGAUAUCAAGAGCUAAAGGUGUUGUUGAUACUUCCCCACCAAAAUCUCUUCAAAGCUAUAUUAGCAUUACAGACAGGAAGAAAAAAGGACUCCGGCAAAGGACUCGUCCAGAAUCUCUAGCAUCUGGCAUGAAUGAUUUUUUGGAUGAUGUCAGCCUACCAAGUUCUUCUAGAAGUCCCCAUCAAUUGAAAGAGGAUGCAAACGAAAGUUUGAGAGCCUCUUCAGUAAAUAAAGCCAUUCAGGCUGGUAUCCCUUUCUCAGCAUCCAGGAGCACUACUGCUGAUAAAAUAUCUUGGUAUUUAGAAGCUCUCAAGAAUGGGGACUUGUUCUCACAUUCUUUGUUAUAUGCUGAACCUUCAUCAAUACAAUUGAGGAAUGAAAAGUUCCGGAUGGCAAGGAGAAAGAAAAUCAAAGGAGAUUUGAUGAAAGAGCACAGAGAGCAGUUUAUCCGCCCUAAGAAGCCUUUCUGUCCUAGAAUUUUAGCCAAUCCGAACGCCAAGUCAAAACUGAAAGAAAUGCAUUGUUACAAUCCUCCAGUUAGAAAGAAAAAAAUUACUAGAUCACAUUCAUCUGAUACAUUUGAAAGUUAUGAAGAUGAAGAUACCGCUUCUGAAGAGAAAGCAGAGGCAUUUCCUGUCAAGGAAUCUGUCGAUGAAGAGACACAAAUGAGUAGGAGGUUUUUGAGGAACCAUGACUUCUUUUACAAUAAAAGUUCUCAGUUACAUAACUAUCAGGAAAACCAGUCAAACUACAGUGGAAUUCCUAGGCUUAAUGAGAAUGAAGAAGACAAAUAUUUAAAUUUUCUUAGUAAAGUUACGGAAGACAUUUUAAGAAGUGGAGUUUAUUCUGACAGGGCAAUCCAGCGUGCUUUUGAUUUUCACAGGCAAUUUCAUCAGAAUGAUGGUAAUGAGGAAAAAUUGCAGUCACUGUUGGAGCAAGUAUUGGAUGGUCUGAAAAUUUCAAAUGAUGAGCCAGAAGAUAUCGUCUAUCAUAAAAGAAAAUCAUUUUUGUCUAGUCAAUUAUAUACACCUCCUGAAAAGGAAUAUCUGUCUAAUAAUUCUCUUGGGAGUAUGGCUGCAAGUUCAGAGAAGGAAGAUGAGGAGGAUUUUCAGUCUAGAAUUCAAGCUGAAUCAGAUGUUCCAUUAAACGAAACAGCUGAAAGUGAUAGCGAAUCAGAAUCGAAAUACUCUUGACAAAUGCCUUAAGGAUUAUUUGUUCAAAUUUUUUGUAAAUGUACACACAUAUCACUCAUUUAGUAAGCACAAUGUAUAAAUUUUUAAUUUCAUCUACAAACAUUCAAACCUUGAUAUGUUUGUAGAACAAUGAAUUAUAUAGGUAAAUAGAAGUGUAACUACUUACUAUAUUUUACAAAAAUUUAUUCAAAGUAAACUUAAUGAAAAUUAUUUUUAAAUAAUACCUAAUAGAAUUUUUUAC